CUUAAGAUAUGGUUGUGUGUGUACUAAGGGUGCAUUCCAUUCUUUGUAACAAAAAAAGUGGAUAAAUUUAAUAAUUUUACUUAAAAAUUUUGCUAAAUCUAUUUCAUGUAGCAUGUCGCACUUUUUACUUGCUUAUAAACUUUACAUCUUAUCAAUUUUAGUGACAUGGUUGAUGAAAAUCCUUUGCCUCGUAAAAAAGCUGUUGUGGUUGGUUUUACAAGCAUUUUACUGAUAAUAACUGGAAUCAUCUGUGCUGUUUAUGGUGUCAAUUAUCACAAAGAUGUGUACUCCUCCACUGAUCAUGUACUUUAUAAAACAUUUUCGAAAAAAGUGAAUAUUCAUACAAAUAAAACUAUUACAAGCACGCUCACCUAUACUGCCAAAGCACCAAAGAUUUUGUGGUUAUGUUUUUUGACUAUAGUUGCUGGAAUAUCAACAUUAUUUGUCCUUUAUAAACAUUCCCGUACCAUGGUUCUUGUCACCGUCCUAACAGCAAUCUGUUUAUUAGCAGCUGUCUCUAGCACGGCUGGGGCUGCAAUGUCUUUUAAUGUCAAGUCUAAAUUUUACCCUAUUCGUGAUGCUUGGAGAGAAAAUAAAUGUUUUGCAGCUGGUAAUACCACUACGAUAUUUUUGUGUCGUUGCAUCAUUAGUCAAAUAAAAAUGAGUGAUUCUAUUAUGGAAAUAAAUGAAUCACAAAUGGUCUAUGGUUGUGACAAGAUUGAAAAAUUACAUGGAGAAGUAACAUCAUUGCUAAUCGUCUUUUGUGUCUCCGUCCUUAUGGAUUUGAUUUUAGUGAUUUUAUUCUGGCCAGUGCUUUGUGGUCGAAUACAGAAAAGCAGAAGGCUUGAAACACCGCUACUUGAUCCAACUUCAAUGUAACCACGGCUAUUGAUAGCUUGUUAUAUAUUUAUAUACUUUCUAGGAUAUUAUCUUGAUUUUUCUUCAAAACAGCGAGUUUUUGUUUUGUGUCUGUGUCAAAGGUCAUUGACCACUACACUUGGAAAACUCCUCGAAAAUAGUUUUCCUGUUUUUUUUGUUUUUUUUGUAUUUUUUUGUAUUUUUUUUGGUUAUUUUGUUUGUUUGUAAGUUUAAUAUUGUAACAAAACCAGAUUUAUGAUUCUUGAGUGUGUGUUUUUUAAUUUUUUUGGGAGUAAAUAGAGGAAGUAUUUAUAAAACUAGUCCAUGUUAAAUUUAUUUGGCAUAUUCCGAGAAUGUUCGCGAAUUUUAACAGUUUUAAGCACGAAAGUUUAAAGCUAAGUUUACACUAAAAACGCUUGCGAUAUAUCAGCCAUCACAUAACGCUUGCCGUGUAAUUUUUAUUUAUAUUAAAUUUUAUAUUAGUACAAAAACAAUGGAACGUUUUUCAGAAACCGUAAAUUUUUUAUAAUAAUGAGUUGCGUCGCAAAAGCUUAUUUCAGUGGGAAUUUAGCAUGCAGCAACAACAAAAAUUAGAUUGAUUUGAACAAAUUUAUACACAAAAAGGUUUUGUUGUGCGAAAGUAUUAUAAAGUUUUCAAUUUUGGCUGGAUUUUUUAUAUUAUUUUUAUGAUAACUUUUUUUUAUAAUAGAUUCUUUAGAUACGAGCUAUAAAAUUGUACCAAAAUUUGUAUAACUUUUUUAAAAUAAAAAAAAAUAUUUCUUCCUAUUUUACUUUUUAAAGACAUAUACGCGAAUUUUUUUAUAGUGACGUAAAUAAUCUUAAAUAUUGCAACUUCACGUGAAUUUAAAUUGUGCAAAUAAUGAUUGAUCCUUAAAUUCGAACUAAACGAAAAUAGUCAUUCUCGAAGUUAUUCUAAUCUCAAGUGAAUAUAAAACGCGCAUGAAGUUAGUCAGGUCAAAACUCAUAUCCAUUCGGCUGCAUUUUUCUGCUAGAACGAAGUAAGCUCGCGAAUUUUCUUUUUAGCGCGCACACUUUGAAAAAUUAGAUAUUACACGCGCCAACAAGACAACCGUGCGCUUUUUGUGCUAUGGCGGGAAUUGCAGUCGAAUGGAAAAGAGCCUUUUUGGGGGUGCGUAAAAAUUAAUAAGACCCGCGCUAUAAUUUCACGGAGUUAGAAAAAUAUUGAUAAAUAUGUAAAAAAAUGCAUGUUUUUGUAAUAGAUAAAUUUAUUAUAAAUAGAAUAGUUCUACUUUCUUAAUGCAAGUACAGGAAGUACGCGAUUCAACGUCAUAUGA